AUGAAUUAAUCAGUUUUCGAAAAGCCCCAUGUAUUGCAGAGUAUAAGUGAAGCUGAUAAGUUAUAAUUUUACAAUAGCACACGCUUAUGGCAUACCAAAUUUAACUAUCAGCUUUUUGAUACAGAGGAACUUAAGAGUGUCCAUUUUGAAGACAAUAAAAAGUUUAUCAUGAUACUAAAAUCGAUUCAGAAUUUCAACAAGGAAGUAAGGAUACUCUUAUUACUCUUUUAGAUCUAAACAUCAUAAAAGUAAGGUAGAUUUGUUCCAACAAUGCCCACUCGUUACAAUUUUUACUAAAACAUAGUAAAUUUAUUAAGAGAAGCUGCAAUAGCCAAAGGGAGAGAUGCUUAAUUGAUUUUCUUAGACAAGGUCUAUGGAUAUUUUGUAUAGAACAACCGAGAAGUAAUGAAAACGUAAGACAAGGAAACAGGUAACACAACUUCAAGUGAUGAUACAAGAUUUAUCAUUUAGGAUCAGUCAUAGCCAUUACCAAGUAAAUAGAUUGAUGAUCAACUCAAGGAUUAUAAGGAAAAGAAAAGAACCAUGCACAAAAAUUGUGAUCCACCAUAAUUAAGAUUAAAAUUAUAUAAGAGAAGACAAUUUAACUAAUUGAAUAACAUCAUACCUCAAAUAUAAGCAAGGAGUACAUUCCCCAAGGUUGUCUCCUUGCCCCAAAAGGAAUAGGAUGAGAAUCUACAAUAGAGUUAAGAGUAAACAGACGGUGAAAUUGUGAUUGAUGGAGAUCUAUUAGGAAAUGAAGAUGAUGAAGAGAAGAAAAAGAAGGUUGUCAAUAUGGUACCUAAGAUAAAAGUAUUUUAAAAAGAUGAUGUAAACUUAGAAUUUACAGAUAUAAAUAAAUAGUUUGAAAAUAGAUAAAAUUAUUAGUUAUAUUAGCCAUCAAAUCAGGAAAUUGAAUUGAAUCUAUAAAAUAGAUGGAUCUAAUUUCGAUAGAAAGAAGCAGCAGAGAAGAAAAUGGAUGAAGAAAUUGUCAAUUCUAUGAAUGUUUGGUCUAAAAACAAAGCAAGAAUAGAAAAGGAAAUUGAUCGUAGAAUAGAUUCAUAACAUUAUGGCAGUAGAUAUGCUGAAAUUGAUAAAAAAAGAUCUUAAUCUGUUGGAUUAUCAUAUUAACCAGAUCCUAAAGUAGUCAAUCUAAAACCAUUACCAACCAUUAUACAAUCAUAAAAUAGAUAAUAUGAUUCAGUAAUUGAUAUAUCAUUUUUGGAAAGCAAGGCAUCUGCACAAAGAGUAGUAAACGCAAGAAGAACUUACAAAGAUAUAUUAAAUUUAAGUGCUAAUGAUGUUUAACCAGAUGAAUAACCACCUUCCCUAUCUAUUUAUGCAAAUAAACUUAGAUCCAAUUCACUUCAUAAUAAGUUCUCGCAAUUAUUACAAAGAAACAGUCCCACAAGGUUGAAUGAACAGAAUUUAUAAGAAGUAUUGGAUAUCAAAAAUAGAUUUGCUAAACAUAAGAUCCCAAUCUAAAUAAAUUCUUUGUUAUCUGGAAUUAUGGUACCUACAUAUCAAGAAGACUUUAACAAUAAACUUAUGGAUAUUGGCCAAUCUAUGUUGGCAAAUCCUUUUGAGGAGAAAAAAGGAAAAAAGAAGAAGAAGAAGAAGGAUUGA